UCUGGCAUCAAUGACGGUGACUUCUACGAUGGAGGCUGGUGCGCGAGCCACGAAGACAGGAGCCAGUGGCUGGAGAUCGAUGCCAGGCGGACGACGCGCUUCACGGGGGUCAUCACCCAAGGGCUGAACUCCAUCUGGACGUACGACUGGGUGACUUCCUACAAGGUCCAGUUCAGCAACGACACUCACACGUGGCAGCCGUGCAGGAACGGGAGCCAGGAAAUGAUAUUCCCCGGGAACAAGGACCCCGAGACGCCAGUCCUCAACCUGUUUCCUGUCCCAGUGGUGGCUCGAUACAUCCGCAUCAAUCCUCAGACGUGGUUUGAGAACGGGACCAUCUGCCUGAGGGCGGAGGUCCUUGGGUGCCCCUUGCCAGACCCUAACAACAUCUACUACUGGGAUGACGCGCCAGUGACCCAUGAUAAGUUGGAUUUUAGACACCACAAUUACAAGGAAAUGAGGAAGCUAAUGAAGAAAGUGAAUGACGCCUGUCCCAACAUCACACGGAUCUACAGCAUCGGGAAGAGCUACCGGGGUUUGAAAAUGUACGUCAUGGAGAUAUCCGAUAACCCCGGGCACCACGAAGUAGGGGAGCCCGAGUUCCGCUACGUGGCCGGGAUGCACGGGAACGAGGCGCUGGGCCGGGAGCUGCUGCUCAACCUGAUGGAGUACCUGUGCCAGGAGUUCCGACGGGGCGACCCCCGUGUCGUCCGGCUCGUGACCGAGACCCGCAUCCACCUACUGCCCUCCAUGAACCCAGAUGGCUACGAGACGGCCUACAAGCUGGGCUCGGAGCUGUCCGGCUGGGCCAUGGGCCGGUGGACUUACGAAGGCUUCGACCUCAACCACAACUUUGCGGACCUCAACACGGCCCUGUGGGAUGCGGAGGACAACGAGCUGGUGCCCCACAAGUUCCCCAACCAUUACAUCCCCAUUCCGGAGUACUACACCUUCCCCAAUGCGACAGUCGCCCCCGAAACCCGGGCUGUCAUCAGCUGGAUGCAACGCUACCCUUUCGUGCUCAGCGCCAACUUGCACGGGGGCGAGCUGGUGGUGACGUACCCCUUCGACAUGACCCGCACGUACUGGAAGGCCCAGGAGCUGACCCCCACGGCCGACGACGCCGUCUUCCGCUGGCUGGCCACCGUCUACGCCACCUCCAACCUGGUCAUGCUGGAGGAUGACCGGCGGCUCUGCCAUUACGACGACUUCAUGCGGGAGGGGAACAUCAUCAACGGCGCCAACUGGCACACCGUGGCCGGAAGCAUGAAUGACUUCAGCUACCUUCACACCAACUGCUUCGAGGUCACCAUCGAGUUGUCCUGCGACAAAUUCCCGCAUGAGUCGGAGCUGCCCCAAGAGUGGGAGAACAACAAGGAAUCCUUGCUGGUCUACAUGGAACAGGUCCGCAGGGGCAUUAAGGGCAUUGUCCGAGACAAAGACACAGAACAAGGAAUCGCAGAUGCCAUCAUUUCUGUGGAUGGCAUCAAUCAUGACAUCCGGACAGCUUUCGACGGGGACUACUCGAACCCCGGCGAGUACGACGUCACGGCGGCGGCCGAGGGCUAUCACUCCGUCACCCGGAGCUGCCGCGUCUCCUACGAGGACAACCCCACCAUCUGCGACUUCCGCCUGACCAAGACCCCCAAGCAGCGGCUGAGGGAGAUCCUGGCCAAGGGGGGAAAGAUCCCCAAGGACCUUGCCCUGCGCCUCCGUCUGCUGCGGCUGCGUAAACUGCGGUCCCAGCGGAGGGCCCAGUGAGGGGGGGGCGUUUCCACAGAUUUCGACGAUCCUGGCAACCCCUCGACCCCCCCGCCCCACGCCGUCUCUCUUAAGCCUCUUCCUUCCUCACGCGAGACUUUACGGUUCCAUGUCAGGGGUCCCCCGCCUUUGGGACUCUGACACGGUGAGAGGAGCGCAGGCACAAAAUGGCUGCCACCGGAGGCGGAGCUAGCCACAAAAUGGCC